ACAGGCGCCACUUUUUUUAAACCACGACGAUGGAGGGUUUAAGUGUCGGAACCUUUGGGCUCCUCAUGAUGACGAUGAUGUGUUUUCAUCAGUUUGUCAGGUCAUCUGCUCAGGAGUGUCCGUCCACUCAUGACCUGCUGAACUCACUGCGGCAGGUGGAGAAGAUGCUGGAGCUUCAUGAAACAUCGUACCAGCAGGGUCUGCGCUCGCUCAGGAAAAAGAUCAACGCCCUUCACAAUAGCACCAUGGCUGUGUUUAAAACAGGCAGAAAUGAUAUCGACGAGUGUCAUCUCUUCCCACUGGCUCAGCCGGGUCGGCUCUGCAUUCAUCAGUGCAUCAAUACUCCUGGCAGCUUCCACUGCAUCUGUCCUCCUGGGUACAACCUGGCCUCAGACGGCCGCAGCUGCACAGACACUGAUGAGUGUGAAAGCCAAAUGCACAACUGCACAGCAGACCAGGUGUGUGUGAACACAUAUGGAGCUUUCCAGUGCGUGACAGUUGAAUGUCCAAAAGUGAAAAAUGCAACAUUCAUCAAGACGUCUCCCAUGCGCUGUGAGAGGAACCCAUGUAUGCUGGAAGACAAAGCCUGCAGCCAGGCUCCAAAUUCCAUCUCUUUCCACUUCCUGGCUGUGGUUUCCAACAUGUCCGCCCCUCGAGUCCUCUUUCGGGUGUCUGCAGCUCGGGUGCUGGGUGACACGCUGCGGUUUGGACUGGCAGGUGGUCGCGGCCGGGGACACUUCAGCGUGCAGCGCACUGGUCAGCAGACCGGCACCCUUCUCCUGGUGACACCCAUCAAAGGUCCAGCUACGCUGGAGGCUGAGGUGGAGAUGAGCGAGCUGGAGCGCAGCAACCUGCUGGGCCGCUACCUGACCAAGGUGACCCUGUUCGUCUCUCCUUACAUGUUCUAGGAGAGAAGAUGAAGAGGUGUUCACCACGUUGGUCACAUCACUCAGUCUGAUGAAUAGAUUCAUUUCAUAUCCAGUUAACUUGUAUGAAGUCUUCAUCUAUGUUGUGUUAUUUUGUUAAAGGUUUCAGCGCUUUUCUUUAAACUACUUAUUGCAAAGUA